AUGGAGUGCGAAAAGGUGAACGGUGGUAGGAAAAAUCUCAUCACCAAAACAUGGCAGCGCUGUCGAUCCAUCCCGGCGAGCCGAGGCAGAUCUUUGGCAACACUUCCGAGCCUUCCCAGAUCUCUCUCAACAAAAGAGAGAAAAACCAACUGCAAAAUGGCUCCUCAUGGUUGUUUCUUCGUCUACGUAGGACCCGAAAAACAAAGAUUCGUGAUCAAGACCAAGUACGUGAAUCAUCCCUUAUUUAAAGUAUUGCUCGAAGAUGCAGAAAACGAAUACGGGUUUAUUAGCGACGGUCCUAUUUUGCUUCCAUGUGAUGUGAAUCUUUUUUACAAAGUCUUAGCAGAGAUGGAUGAUAGUAAAUGUGAGAAUGAAGAUUACAUGAGGUCCAAAUCGUGUGGCCUUGCAUACGGAUCCUAUAGUCCGUUUAAUCCGACCCGACGAUCGUAUAAAAAUGGCGUUAUGGGUAAGGGAUUUGGUUCUUAUGGCCUGCUCACUCCAUCUCGGCUCAUCAGAAUGAAUUAG